CCUUCUAUUAUGCACAAUGCGUGAUAAGCACAUUUCAAUAGGCCAAUAUAUUGACCCUGCAAUGUGCAUCUUGCUACGUUGUUGCAUGCGGAUUCUGAUUUUGAGUAUUCACUUACAUUGUUUUCGCGCGAGGUCGUGUAGAUUGCUCGUGCUAUGAUUCAGGUCAACAUGGACGACCAACGUUAGUCAUUCCGUCUCCAGAGCUCUGGGGGGAAAAACCCCUAGCACCACCAUGUGAAACGGCUGCGGGAACGGGUUGGUUAAUACAUUGCAAUUCUCUGUUGACAAGGAACCCACUGGUUCCACUGCCUCCUCCCAGCCUGAAAAUGAGUGAGCCUAUUGCUACCGCUACAGAAGCCCCUAGUGAUGUGAUCCCCAGUGUUACUACUGGUGUUACCACUGAAGGUGUAGAUCCACUUUCUACUGAUGCAAACGAGCCUCCCAAGGAAGAGGUCAAGUUGGCGGCAACAGCAGGCAAGAAGCAGACCAAGAAGAAGGUGGAGGAGGUGGUAGAGGAAGAGGAGGAGGAAUAUGUGGUGGAGAAGGUGCUGGACCGACGGGUGGUAAAGGGACGCGUUGAGUUUCUGCUCAAAUGGAAAGGCUUCUCAGAUGAGGACAAUACAUGGGAACCACAGGACAACCUGGAUUGCCCUGACCUGAUUGCUGAGUACAUGCAGAAUCAUCAUAACAAAAAAGAAAGUUACAAGAAAGAGUCUGGUGGCAAGAGGAAAGCUGGUGAGUCUGACACAGAGGCAGGGGGUGAAGAAGGCAGGCCCAAGAAGAGGAAAGAUGAGGCAGAGAAGCCCAGAGGCUUUGCUCGUGGACUUGACCCCGAACGGAUCAUUGGAGCCACAGACUCCAGUGGAGAGCUGAUGUUCCUCAUGAAAUGGAAGAACAGUGAUGAGGCAGACCUGGUGCCGGCCAAGGAGGCCAACAUUAAAUGUCCACAGGUGGUCAUAUCCUUCUACGAGGAGCGUCUGACAUGGCACUCCUACCCCACUGAGGAGGAAGAGAAGAAGGAUGAUAAGAACUAGCCACAGGUCCAGGAUGAAGGAGAAGGGGGUACAGAGGGUGGGGUUUAGAGUGGUGGGGAGGGACAGAGAAGCUGAUUUGUUUCAAAAGCUUCAUUCUACAAACCCGGACUGUUGAAACUAAAACAGAGGUUGACAGAUGGGUGGGGAUGAUGGGAAGACUUGUCAAGGAGGUGGGUUGGGGGGCAUGGGUAAAUAGAACUCGUAAGUCUCAAGAUCACUUUAUCAGGCCUCACUUUUGGGUCUUAUCAGCUAGGACCAUGGGAUAUGUAGUUUUCAGUCCCUGAGCACUGAAAUUGCUUUAAAAUCACCAGCUCCUCUUAAUGUAGUUUCGCCUCAGAAAAGCUUUUGUCGAGAUACACUUUUGAGUGAGCGAGGUAUCACUACAGCAGCUGAGUUUACAAAAUGGAAAGGUCAGAUUCCAAAACAUGAUCCAGCAAACAUUCUCCGCUAAUUCAAUUGAAAUAGCCAAUCUUAAUUUCCAGUUUUCCUGUGUGAAAUGUUGAAGUUUAUUUCUAGUCAGAACAUUAUCUUUGUACCUACACAUCCCUCAUCGAGCAACUUGCAGUGCUUUUUGUUUCUCUUUCGACGUUUUAAGUGUUGGCACCUGCCCUCCCUUGCCAUAUCAUUAUCAUAUAAUGUGUAAAUAGUUGUGGUUUUAUUUGGUUAUGAGAGCGAUCUAAGAAGGAUUCUAUUUGAGUGUUUUGGAUGUUCAGACUGGAGUUAACCUAGAUUCUGGUCUUUAAGUGUUACGCAUAGGUGUAUAGAGUUGUGAACAAUGGUGUGAAGCAGGGUUUCCGUUAGGAAAAUGUGGCGAUGGACAUUUGACUGGCAGCAUUUUAAUUUACCGGACAUUUGAGACAUUUCCCCGACCCAUAUGAAUUGUGUGCGUAACCUGUUUAGGGCGUACAGCCAUGGUGAUUCAUCUGAAAAGAACAUGCAAAUCGAGGAUGCAACGGCGUGCAUCCUUACCGAAUUCCAAUGCUCACUUUGAAGAUGUUAGAACAACUGUCCACAUGUACUUGUCCUCAGCCAACAAGACGAGUUAACGAACAGCAAAAAUCACCUGCCUAUGUCAGUCUACUAUCCCCCACAGUGGAACAAUAAACCGAUUUAUUGGUCAGCUUGUCGUUCUGUGCGAGAAAGAAAUGGUCUACACCAAACAGACUCUGGGACAGUUGUGGGACGACAGAUCCCAAAUUCAUACAACUAGUAGGCUACAUAAAACAAAACAGAAAAGUUAAAGCAACGAGGCGGAUGAGAACCGAUCAGAACGUUUAGCUUCAAAUGUUGAUCAACUAUUAUUUCUUCACACUUUGCGAAUGUUUGUCCCGUAAUGCAAUUGGCAAGAAAACACUGUUCUGAGCGGCUUCAUGGGAUGAAAAUAUCCAUUUGAUCUCCCCUCUUAAUCUAAAGAUGCAACAACUAGCAUGGGUUGCUAAUAUGACUAGGAUUGUGCCUUUCACUACUGGACAAUGAAAGAAAGUUGAUUUGAAAACCAAUAGAAAAUGAGAGAAAUAGGCUGCUGGUUUCAAUGGCAUACGGAACUCUAAAUUGCCUUUACGUUUCUACGGUCGGAUGUUGGCUAGGCUACUUUGAAGCAAGGGAAGACAUGCCUCAUAAUAUGAAGUAAAACAUUCAGGUUUCAAACAAUUAAGAUAAAAAAAAAAAUAUGCAUCCUGCCUCCAUUUCAUUGCUAAGUGGUGUGUGACGCGCUGAAGCCUGCAUAUUGUUGCCUAGGCACUUAAAAUAAGUGCGCUUCUAUUGCCAGUUAAGAAAUUAAAUAGUAGCUAUUUUUAAUGAUGGCCAUCAUCUUAUUUCAACACACGAUUGCAUUGUAAAAGCACGUUUGACUCCGGUAGCAAGGAACACGCUGUUUGAGAAGCUGUGCCAGCAGCUCCUCUGUUCUGACAGAUUUUCCACUCAAAUUAGGCUCUGCAUCUGUGUGCAUGUGAUAAGAUGCAUAAAGACUAACGAAAAAACACACAGCAAUUUAAUUAGACCAAAUUAUGCAAAUGAACCUAUAGACUGAUAAUCUUGACCGGUCAUAUGUAUUUGCAUCGACUGGAAUUUCCAUCAAUGAAUAGGCUAAAAAACAUUAUUUUUCAAUGGGAUUUUUUUCUUCUCACCGAGAAUUGUCCGGCGGCAUUUUUAUUUAUCGGCAUUUCACUUUUUUUAAUCGGCCAAAAGCCGGCUAUUACUAGCCAACAGAAUCCCUGGUAUGGAGCAACUCACUUUGUUGUAGAGCACCAGUAUGACCUAUGUAACCUGAGUUGUUUGUAGGCUCGUACCCAUGGCUAAUAAAACUUGAUUGGUGUGA